AAUCGGGUGAAUGAGGGAAGCAGCGGCGGCACCCGGUUGUUGUUGUUCAGACUGUGCCGCCCACCUGAGUUAAAAAUAAUUUGUUGGUCCUAAAUUUGACUGAAAUCAAAAUUUAGCCCCAAACGUUUUGAAAUAUUGUAAACCUGGGCGGUAGGGUGAAAGGAAGACACUGAUCGCGUUCCGGUAAUUGACUUCAAUGGAACUUGAUCUCUCUGACAGCAGUGGAACAGAUGAUGAUCUUCCUCCUUCCCAUCAAAAUAGAUUUCAACGGCCAGAUCAUCCUGCUGGAAAUGGAAGAUCAGCAGCUGUAGGCUCUGGUCCAUUUCCUAGGAUGCAGAAUGACAUGGAAAUUCAGAUUCACAACAUUGAGCUAGAAGCAUACACCUCUGUCCUGCGGGCUUUUAAGGCUCAAUCUGAUUCACUUACUUGGGAAAUACAAGGUUUGAUUACAGAGCUUAGGAAGGAGUUAAGAGUAUCAGAUGAAGAACACAGAGAACUUCUACCCAGAGUCAAUGGUGACGACGUCAUUCGCCGGAUAAGGGAAUGGAGAAAAGGAAGUGGACUCCAACCUGGCACAGUAAAUACUGCUCCACAAGUUCAUGAUUGCACACCCAGCCCUUCCGUUUCUGCUUCUCGCAAGAAACAAAAGACAUCACAAUCUGUGGCUUCAUUAUCCUUGGGUGCACCAUCUCCGGCAGUUCAUCCAUCUCUGCAACCAUCGUCAUCGACCUUGAAGAAUGGUUUUUCAUCAGGAGCAAAGACAAAUAAGCCAAAAUCAUUCCCUUCUGCAGGUCCUACUAAUAGAAGCCAAGUCACUAAUAGGAGGGGUUCUUCAGGUGCCUUUGCAGCAAAUGGAGCUGCUAAAGUAGCCUCUUAUGAUCCAUUGAUUGGAAAGAAAGUUUGGACAAGGUGGCCUGAAGAUAACCAAUUCUAUGAAGCUGUUGUAACUGAUUAUAAUCCUGCCAAUGGGCUGCAUGCCUUAGUCUAUGAUAUGAAUUCAGCUGAUGAAACAUGGGAGUGGGUCAAUCUUAAAGAGAUGUCUCCCGAAGAUAUUCGUUGGGAGGGUGAAGAUCCCAAUAUGCCUCAUAAAGGUGGCCAGCCUGGUGCAGGUAGAGGGAUGAAAAAGUCCAUGUCUCAAGGUGGUGCAGUUACUGGGGCUGGAAGGGGUAGGGGAAUGACAAAGGCUCAGUCUAAGAAAGAUUUAACUUUGUCACGAAAUGGAAGCAGGAAGAAACCUACAGGUGAUAUUGAGAUACUCCACACAGAUACCCUUAUCAAGGAGGUUGAAAAGGUUUUUAGUGCCAGUCGUCCUGAUCCCACAGAAAUGGAGGAAGCAAAGAAAAUGCUAAAAGAACAUGAACAGGCACUUGUUGACGCAAUUGCCAGACUAGGAGAUGCAUCUGAUGGUGAAAGUGAUGGAGAACCCCCAUUUUCACAAGGGCAGUCAAAGGAUCAGAAAAAAGGCUUGAAGUAACGGGAAAUACGAUAAUCUAAGUGGAGUUACAGAUUUUGACAGUUCUAAUGGUGAUGAAUUACGACAAGAGACCCGUGCUCAUCUUUUGUCUCAAGAUGAAGUUGGCAAUUGCACAUGUCUAUUGUAAUAUGCAAUGUUCUUUUUUGUUGUAUAUCAGUAUUUGAACGGGUUCCUUCUCUUAUCUAUGAAGUAGUGUAGCGGGUAGCUUCAAUCUAGAAGAACAUGGGAUAUUUAACUUGUAAAUUAACUUGAAAAUCAUGGUUCUUGUGCCUGUAA